CAAAAACUCAAAUCCAUUCUAUUCAUUCAUAUCAUUCACCGCUGGUGUUGUUGUCACAUGUGGCUUUAAGGUUAUAUUUACUUUAAUCUUAAACGUUGCAUUUAAUUUGUGUAUAAGAUAAAAUGUCUUUCCGUGGAAGAGGAGGAGGCGGUGGCCGUGGUGGUUUUGGUGGAGGCCGCGGACGUGGAUUUGGAGGCGGUGGCAGAGGACGAGGUGGUGGCGGAGGCGGCUUCAGACAGCAAGACACCGGUCCACCGGAGACUGUAAUCCCGUUGGGCCACUACGGAUGGACCGUUCAAGACGAUUUAGUAUGCAAAGUGGACAUAGAAGACGUACCCUACUUCAACGCUCCAAUAUAUUUAGAAAACAAGGAACAAAUCGGCAAAAUCGAUGAAAUAUUCGGCAAUCUACGCGAUUAUUACGUGUCUGUAAAACUUGGAGAGAACAUAAAGGCAAAGAGUUUUAAAGAUGGUCAACAAUUCUUUAUUGAUCCGGCAAAAUUAUUGCCGCUGAAGAGGUUUCUGCCGCAGCCGCCUGGUGCGAAGCGUGGGGGCGGAGGCAGAGGUGGGCCGCGAGGAGGCCGAGGCGGAGGUUUUGGUGGACGUGGCGGCGGCGGCGGAUUCGGUAGAGGUGGCGGAGGCCGCGGCGGCGGCGGUCGCGGUGGUUUCAAUAGAGGCGGAGGCGGCGGGUUUAACAGAGGUGGAGGAGGCGGUUUCAACCGAGGCGGAGGCUUCAACAGAGGCGGUGGAGGCAGAGGUGGCUUCAGAGGCGGACGGUAGUGCUAGUGUAUUGGGACUGUGCUGGACUUAUUGGGUACUGACCCACUGCAUGUGUUGAUGGCCCUCGCCAUACUAAUAUUCAUUCUAAGUUCUAAUUGUUCCCCAUUAAUAUAGACUUUAUUUCAGUAUAAUUUAGAAUGAAGAAUUAAGUGACUUUGGAGCUAUUCUGAAUAAAAAUUAUUGAAUUAUAAGGAAAUUAUUUUGCCAUUGUCUUACUCAGAAAUUUAUAGUCUAGGCAAGAUGUUAUAGUUGGUAAAAUGUAAAUAUAAAUAUUUCAUAUGUGUGUGGCGAGGGCCACACUUGCUUACAUAUUCAUAAUUUUAAUAAAAAAUAAAACAUU